AUGAAUCAUUCUGAAAGAGAGGAAUUCGACAAAAAUCAUAUAUGGCAUCCAUAUACGUCUAUGACAAAGCCGAUUCCAUGCUACCAAGUUGAAUCAGCUGAGGGUGUUCGACUUUAUCUUGACAAUGGCAAAAGUCUAAUUGAUGGUAUGUCUUCGUGGUGGUGUGUAAUCCAUGGUUACAACAACAAAGCCUUAAAUGAUGCCAUGAAGGACCAAAUCAAGAAGGUGUCACAUGUAAUGUUUGGUGGCAUUACUCACGAACCAGCCAUUCAACUCUGCAAGCACUUAGUGGAAAUGACACAUCCCAAACUCGAAUGUGUUUUCUUGUGUGACAGCGGAUCGGUAGCGGUGGAAGUGGCUCUCAAGCAGGCAAUCCAGUACUGGAUCUCGAAAGGGCAAGUCCGUAAGAAAAAAUUCAUGUCCAUUGCUAAUGGAUACCACGGAGACACCUUUGGAGCCAUGUUUGUUAGUGAUCCUAAUACAUCAAUGCAUAGCAUCUACAGUGGCUACGGUCCUGAUAAUAUUUUCGCUAAUGCUCCGCAAGUUGGAUUCGGCGAGGAAUGGGACAACAAAGACAUUAAUGACUUUGAAGAGAAGAUCGAAAAGCGCCACGAAGAAAUCGCAGCUGUUAUCCUCGAGCCCAUUCUCCAAGGAGCGGGAGGGAUGAGAAUGUACCACCCCCAAUUUUUGAAAUUUGUGAGGGAACUUUGCAACAAACAUAACGUUUUGCUCAUUGCAGACGAGAUAGCUACUGGGUUCGGAAGGACAGGCAAGCUUUUUGCCUGCGAGCACGCUCAAAUCUGCCCCGAUAUCAUGUGUGUGGGCAAAGCCAUGACGGGUGGUUACAUGACUAUGGCAGCAACAAUCUCCACCAGGAAUGUUGCAGAGGUGAUUAGCGACGGCCCUACUGGAUGUUUCAUGCAUGGGCCAACGUUUAUGGCAAAUCCACUUGCCUGUGCAGUGAGUACGAGGAACUUGGAGAUUUUGAAGACGGGAAAUUGGAAACAGCAAGUUGCAGGGAUUGAAGAAAUCUUAACAAAAAAGCUUCUUCCACUAAAGAUGAAGAGAAAUAAGAAAAUCAAAGAUGUGCGUGUUCUUGGGGCUGUUGGAGUGAUAGAGAUGGUUUCAGCAGUUGAUAUUGCCGAGAUCCAGAAGAAAUUUGUUGAUUUGGGAGUAUGGAUCAGGCCAUUUGGAAAGUUGAUAUACAUUAUGCCUCCCUAUGUGAUUAUUCAGGAAGAUCUCGAGUAUUUGGUUGAUAUGAUGAUCAAAGUAGCCCUUGAGUGA